UCCUAAUAAAUAUCUAAUAAUGAUUAUUUUAUAUUGUAAAAUUCAUACAUAUAUUAGAUCUAUUCUUUUCAGCUGAACUUGCACUGUUUUUCUUUUUCUUUUUUUCUCUUUAAACAUGGAAAGAAAAGGAAUAAAGCUGAAAAGUGGAAAAAGGUCAGCCGAAAAGAACAAACUUUAUGUAUAAGAAGGGAAGUACGAGAAAGAAAACUGUUUUACCGAUAAAUAUUUGUAAUGCGAAUCUGUAUAACACAGACUUUGCAGAUGGCAUUCUUCUCGCAACGAGGAUUCGGCGAGCACGCGUGAAUUUUGGUUAGUAUUGUUUAUAACAAAGUGAAAUGACAAUGUCUCUUUCCAAUGUGCGGCAUUUCUUCGGCACGUUAUAUCAGCGUUACAUGUUCUCAUUACCGGCAAUACAUUUAUCUCGCACACAAAAGAUUUUGGUUAUCUGCUUCACCGGCGGCUCAAUAAUAUUAGGAGGAUUAGCACAAUUUUUGAAAAGACGACGGAGACAUCCAAUUCCACCUUCUAGAAAGCAUUAUAGAGAAUAUAAAACAAGGCUAGGAAGCGUCAAAAAUUCUACUUUUGAUGUAUUAUCACAAGCAUCAUGGGCGAAAAGAAGUGAAGCCAGUACUAGAAGUCACAUUAGUGAUCAUGCAUCGCUUAUCUCUUCUGUACCAGGUGGUCCAAAUAAUGACGAAAGACUUACUCCGCAACAAUAUGGUGUCCUUGGGCUUGAGGCGCUGGAGAAGGCUCUUUACUGCUGGGAGGAUGCACUCACCGCAUUCAGUUCGACUCUCGGCAAUGACACCUUGGCACUACCCUCGAAGGCCGACGCGGCGUUCACGCACGACGUACAGGAAUUACUCGACAUGGGCUAUCAGAUGCAGAGCCACGCGGAACUGCUCUUCCUCGAUCAACAUUCCGUUCUGUUCCGCAAUGACAGCGAGGAGAGUCUCGAUAAACCUUCAAAUAUCGGGACGCGGAUAUCUGGCAUCAGAGAUAAAGCCGAUGCCGCGUCGUCACCCGAAUCGUUCGAAUCUGCACGUGACGGGGUUGCAGAUUUACGCGAAUUUGAAGAAUUUUCGGAAUUAUUUCCACACUUUGAGAGGCAAAAGCUCUAUCAUGCCGCUCUCAAACAGUAUGAGGAUAAAGGCAUUCCUUACAGGAGACUACACACAGAUCUGGUGAAGUGCGGAUCGGACGUGGAAUAUUUAGCAAAAGUAUAUUGCCUUCGUCAGGCCUAUACACAAUUAUUCAGUUUACCCACGGCAUCGACAUACAUAAUGGACGUGGGUCGCCAACUCAUCAGCGAUUUAAUUAUGUACGCGGAUAGGGAUCCUAAAGACUAUUUGAUGCAUUAUGAGCGUAUGCUGAAAUUCCUACAAGAUCCGCGCAAUCAUCGCAUCAUGGAGGAGGAAUUGUCUGCUCGAGGUGUCAAGUGCAUAAACUUUUACGACGUGCUUAUUGAUUUUAUACUCUUAGACGCGUUUGAGGAUGUAGAGAAACCGCCGCCGCCUGUCAGAGCUAUAGUUCAAAAUAGAUGGGUGUCCGCCAGUUUCAGAGAAACUGCGAUAGGAACGGCGCUCUGGUCCCUCCUCGCAGGCAAAAGAAGAAUGCUGAAAUAUGAGCAGGGUUUCUUGGCGCACUUUUAUUCGAUCUCCGAACAGAUCUCGCCGAUGUUCAUCUGGGGCUUCUUAGGUUCCGAGGAGAGCCUGCGUUCUACUUGUCAAUACUUCAGAGAACAAGUGAUCGAGUUUCUUGUAGAUAUAUUUAAUUUUUUUAAGGUACGAUACACCACUGUCGACGAUCUCGCCGCGGAUAUACUCAGGGAAAUGAAGCUAAGAGUUAACAAUAUAAAUCAAAGACUGUCGUUAGAAGGUUGCUAGCCAAACAAAAUACUUAUAGAUAAUAAAUUAUUAAUGUAAUAUGUUGAAUAGGAUUAAUACUGCAAAAUGCAUCUAUCUUUCAACAUCUACCUUAAAAAAUAUGAAUGCCAAUUAAAAAAGCCAGAUCAGAUAUCAGAUAAGUUGAAUGAACGAUGCAGUAUAUUAUCGUACUUUACAAUUUUCAUUACCGCAUUCAUAACGAACGAAA